AUGAAGUCGACAACCUCAGCGGCGCUAAUCAGUGAAGUGACCCGUUUUUUCUGCGAUUUUGGCCGGCCGGAAGUGCUGGAAUCGGAUAAUGGUACACAGUUCAGCAGCGCCGAGUUCAGAGAGUUUUGCCGUACUAUGGGUGUGCAACAAGUCUCGUCCAGCCCUGAAUUCGCCCAAUCUAAUGGCUUAGUUGAACGACACGUCCAAACCGUGAAACGUACUUUCUUGAAAAUGUUCGCGGAUGGAAAGUCUCUCUGGGACUCUUUGGCAGCCAUUCGCUCCACUCCGGUGUCGUCCACUCUCCCGGCCCCCUCUGUUUUGUUGCAAGGCCGUAAUCUACGCGGGAACCUGCCGUUCCUUCCGGCAGAGUUGCAACCUAGGUAUACUUCUUUGUCGGUCGUCAGGAGGGAGCUGUCGGCACGCCAAUCUCAGGCAGCGUUUUUUCAGGCGGGAGUGCCUAACGCGCGUGCCUUGUCGCUUCAUAUCGGUCAACCCGUACGAGCCCUCAUAGGCCGUCGUUGGCUCCGUGGAAAAGUUCACUCACUAUGUACUGAGCCACAAUCAUACGUGAUUCGUUUGGAUGAUGGCCGUUAUUUUCCGCGUACGCGGUGGGCCAUCAACAUUGACCGUGGGAUGCAGUCACAACCCCGUUCACUGGGUUCUACUGCCAUGUUCUCUUAUCGAGUCCCAAGUGAUGUCCAGUCUGUACAGUCGGCCAAUGGUUGUGGGCCGUCUGGUCAGGCACCUGAUGUGCCCGGUAACCCGGUAAGCGAAGCUCCUACUCCUAUCCGGGUAGAGGAGCAGUCAACACGUGCCGAGCCAACCACCCCGUCCACCCGGCAGUCGUCAAACCGUGGUCGUGUGCGCAAUGCAGCUAGUCCUGGCGCCCGGCAUGUUCGUCUAUUUGAUGCACCGUUUUCUCCCGCUGUGGCUCCAUCUCCUACUGCCGCUGGGCCUUCCGGUGACUCCUGUGCUAUGCCGGCGAGGGAGCCGUUUGGAACAACUCGGUCCGGUGUCCGCUUCGGCAUCGGCAUGCCUCCUACUAGGAAGUGA